CCUGGCGGGCGGGUCGAAAAGCGCGGAGUCACUGCUGCAGGGAGGGGGAGCAGGAGGGGCCGGCAGUUGGAAAGCCCGCGAAACGCUCCUUCCGGCUUCGAGGAGCUCUGUGACAGGGGGAAGGGGCGGUGCACCCCAACUGGGCUCCGCCUUCUUUUCAUGCCAGUGUCCAGGCUCCACGCAGCCUUUCUGCUCGGACCUUAGCUUUGCCUCUGUCAGAGAGGGUACUCCUUCACCCAUUUGCCCCUCUAUGUUUCUGGCCUCCUCAGAUCGCGCUUCGUGGUCUCCAGACCCCCUCCUGCAGUUCCCGAUUCGUUCGCUGGGUUCUGCUCUUUAGCCCCCUUUCGCCGGAGCCCGCGAGAUCGGAUCGGGCCCCGCUCCCUCGUGAGGGGGCGAGGGAGCCCUCGCGGAACGCCUGAGCGUCCCGGACCCUCCGGACUACAUUUCCCAGCGGGCCCAGCGGCCGGCGACGCGACUGCGGUCAGGUGACCGGGUCGCCUGACCUGCGUAGGUUCGCCCCGAGGAGAGCGGACUGUCCUGGGCUGCUGCUUACCUCCGACAGAGUUGAGCCAAAAUGUCCCCGGAAUCUAAAAAGCUUUUCAACAUCCUUAUUUUAGGAAUUGCCUUUAUGUUUAUGUUCACCGCCUUUCAAACUUGUGGAAAUGUAGCGCAAACUGUCAUCAGAAGCUUAAACAGCACAGAUUUUCACGGCAGUGGAUAUACCAGCAUGGCAAUUAUUUAUGGAGUGUUCUCUGCUUCAAAUCUGAUUACACCAUCAGUGGUUGCCAUCGUAGGACCUCAACUCUCUAUGUUUGCUAGUGGUUUAUUUUACAGCAUGUACAUUGCCGUUUUUAUCCAGCCUUUCCCAUGGUCCUUCUACACAGCCUCUGUUUUCAUUGGAAUUGCAGCUGCUGUGCUUUGGACAGCACAAGGAAACUGCCUGACAAUAAAUUCAGAUGAGCACACUAUUGGGAGAAACAGUGGAAUUUUCUGGGCACUCUUACAAUCUAGCUUGUUCUUUGGAAAUCUCUACAUAUAUUUUGCUUGGCAAGGGAAAACUCAAAUAUCAGAGAGUGAUCGAAGAACAGUGUUCAUCGCCCUAACGGUGAUUAGCCUCGUGGGGACAGUUCUUUUCUUUCUCAUUCGGAAACCAGAUGCCGAAAAUGUCCUGGGAGAAGAUGAAUCUUCUGAUGACCAGGACCUGGAAGUCAACGAGUCUGCCCAGAACAAUAUGACAAAGGCAGUCGAUGCAUUUAAAAAAUCUCUUAAGUUGUGUGUCACCAAGGAGAUGCUCCUUCUUAGUAUUACAACUGCUUAUACAGGUCUGGAAUUGACUUUCUUCUCUGGUGUAUAUGGAACUUGUAUCGGCGCUAUAAAUAAAUUUGGAACAGAAGAGAAAAGCCUCAUUGGACUUUCUGGCAUUUUUAUUGGCAUUGGAGAAAUUUUAGGUGGAAGCCUCUUUGGCCUGCUGAGCAAGAAUAAUCGUUUCGGUAGAAAUCCAGUUGUGCUGUUGGGCAUCCUGGUGCAUUUCAUAGCUUUUUACUUAGUAUUUCUCAACAUGCCUGGGGACGCCCCUAUUGCUCCCGUUGAGGGAACUGACAGCAGUGCUUACAUCACACCCAGCAAAGAAGUCGCCAUCUUCUGCAGUUUCCUCUUGGGUCUUGGAGACAGCUGCUUCAACACCCAGCUGCUCAGUAUUUUAGGGUUCCUCUAUUCCGAAGACAGCGCACCGGCCUUUGCAGUCUUUAAAUUUGUGCAGUCCAUUUGCGCAGCCGUGGCGUUUUUCUACAGCAACUACCUUCUCCUUCAUUGGCAACUCCUGGUCAUGGUGAUAUUUGGGUUUUUGGGAACGGUUUCCUUCUUCACGGUGGAGUGGGAAGCCGCCGCCAUCGUGGCCCGGGGCUCUGACUACCGAAGUAUUUGAUCCCGGAGCCGCGGGCGGCUCAGCUGAGAGACAGGGUGUGCCUGGUGCGAGAAGCCAGCUCUCGUCCUCACGGUGUAUUGGAUGACGUUUAGGAUGGAAAAUCAGAGAUUUAAGACUGCUACGUCUGCCAGAGUUGGUAUUCAAGUUUACAGACACUAGUUUAAAACAAAUGGGAUAAGGGAAACUUGUUCUGUCAGUUACGACUGUUCAUCUAUCUCAAGUUCUUAAAAUCAAUCAUGCUAUAGAAUGUAAAUGUUUUCUUCUCUCUCCUGUUCUCGUUGAAGGAUCGUGCUUUGAUCAAAACUGCUCGGCCCUAUGUCAUAUAAAGAUUCUUGCUGGGUACGAUUUAUGUGUUACUGUGUAAUAAUAGGGAGCAGUGCCACCCCACGUGUCUGGGAGUGACAUUUGAAUAAAUCAGGACAUGCUGAAGUGGAAUCUUUGAAAAGAUUUGCGCUUUCUUUCUCUCUAAAUGUUUUGUUUGAUCAGUUUUCUCACUUUGUGGUUCAUAGCAAGGGGUGGCUAAUUAUUAUAAAAUGAGGUAAAAAUUGUCUAAAGUUUAAAAAGUAGGAAUCUUAACAUUUGUAAAUGAACAGAAAGACAUUUUUAAAAAAAACACAUUUACUAGGGGAGGAUUUUUGCUCUCAGUUUUCCUAGAGGAUGCAAUGCAUUUAAAAAAAACCCAAGACGUAGUGAGAUCUAAGCUACAGUGGCAGGCUUCCGUCACUUGUGUAACUUCUUAUAGCAAACGCUCUCCAUGCACGUGUCUGGGAACGGAGUAUUAACUUUGGGGGGAUAUUUAAAUGGAAAUUUUAAUUUUAAAUCAUAAGAGCUUAAAACAAUUUUUAAAAUUGAGAUACAAUUCAGAUACCAUAAAAUUCACUGUUGUGAAAUACACACUUUAGCGGGCUUCUUUAGUAUGUUCACAGGGUUGUACAGCUGUCGCCGUUAUUUAUUCAGAACAUUUCAUCACUCCAGAAAGAAACCCUGCGCCUGUCAGUAGCCAUUCCCCAUCUCUGGCCUGGCACUAGCCGUCACUGAUCUGCUUUCUGCCUCCAUGGUUUUGCCUGUUCUAGACAUUUCGUAUAAAUGGGAAAGCUCACUUUUAAAAGUGACAAUUAACUGCACGAAUGAAGAGUUUUAUGGCAAAGUAAAUUCAACCAAGAAAACAGACAAUACUUUGUUUCCCAUUGUUUUUUAAAAACCUGCUAGAAAUUUAGAGAUUUUAUGGAGCGUGAUUUUCAGACCUGAUGGCAAUUGCAGGGAGUCAGAAAGCUCUGUAGUUAGCAGGAACCCUUAGAGAAAUUUCAUUUGUAUGGAACACUAAACUCUCUUCACCCCAUGUUGUAAAGUUUCCGUUUUCUUUCUCAAAGUUAAGAUAAACUCAGUUGUUGGUUGAUCUUAUAUAAAUAAUUUGUAAAUGAUAUUUUAGAAUUAAUGCAAAUGAUUUUAUUAUCUCUUUAAACGCAUUAUUGUUUGCCCAGGUGUAUUAGUUUUCUGUCACAAGAUAACAAAUUACCCAAAAACUUACCCACUUAAAACAGCACACAUGUAUCCUCUCACAGUUUCUGUGGGUCUGGAAUCUGGGCGUGGCUGAGCUGGGUCUUCCAUCUCAGGGUCUGUCAGUCUUUCACAAGGCUGCGGUCAAGGCUGGGCUCACCUGGGGGAGGACCCACCUCUCCGCUCGCUCUGAGGCUCACGGGCAGGAGCUGGUUCCUCACAGCCUGUGGGACUGAGGGUCUUAGUUUCUCGUGGCUGUCUUCAGGGUGCUCACAAUGUGGCAGCCGACCUCAUCACAGAAAGCAAGUGAGAAAAACCAAAGGGAAGUGCCAGCAAGUCAGACGUCACUGUCUUUUAUAGCUGACACCCCAGCACCUUCGCUAUAUUCUCUUUAUUGGAUGCAAGUCACUAGUUCCUGCCCACACUCCAGGGACGGGGUUACUGCGGGGAGUGAGUCGUGCCAGGAGUGGAUGCUUGGGACCCUCUCCCAAGGCUGCCCGUCUCACAUUUCAGCUGAGAACUGGGUCCUAUGUCCCCAGGUUGCUCAUUCUCCCAGGCUCCCUGCUCACGAUGGAUCUGCAAAACCAGGCAACAGAGGUUAAACAGCCUCUGUUAAUGCCGCUGCGUGCGUUCAUCCAAGGUAGCCAUCGCAUCUUACCUUGACUUGUAGGAUUCCUCGUAACUACUGUCAAAAGGGAAACGAAAUGGAGUGAGAUGAAUCCAUCAGGAACUCGACUUUCCGGCCGCCUCCCGUUGCUGUGUGCAGUACCGUGCACUUUAAGUUCCGUACUCACGUUUUGUGUUUUGGGGGUUUUGUUUUGUUUUUCACUCAGUUUUGUGUCUAUAAAUAGUGUUGACCAUGGUGGGCUCUUUGACUGGUAACAUUAAACUCAUGUUUUAAAUUUGUGUCACUGUUUGAGUUGAAAAAUGACAUGGGAUAAUGGAAUAAAGAGUUUAAUUUUUACAA